GCCAAGGACGCGGACACGCAGCCGAAUUCGCCAUCAUUGUUCAUCGUCACUGUGUUCUUCGAGACAACAACCUCACUUUUGCUCCUUGCAUCUGCCUGCAAGAUGGAGAAUCCUCCGCUUGCGUCGUUGUCAUUGACGCAUGUCCACUAUAACCCCGCGGACCGCAUCUCUUACCUCUGUGCCUGGCUGGCUCUUGUGCCGCAGGGGCUAUGUGUAGUGUAUGCAACGCUGAUAUGGUCAAACCGCGAGAUUGAGAUUGGCCUUAUGUUCGCCGGCCAGAUGGCCUGUGAGGCCCUCAAUUGGGUGCUGAAGCGUCACUUCAAGGAGGAGCGACCUCGAGAAAUGCACGGAAAGGGCUAUGGCAUGCCGUCAUCCCACGCACAGUUUGUGGCUUUCUUCUCGGUCACCCUGACGCUCUUCCUCCUAAUUCGUCACGUCCCUCACCCAACCGAAACCCACACACCGUUCAGCUUUGCCAGCCGCUUUGUGCUGUCUCUCCUCGCCAUAGCAUCCGCAGGAGCAGUCGCCGUCAGCCGCAUCUAUUUGAGCUACCACACGCAGAAGCAGGUUCUCGUUGGCUGUGCUUGCGGUGCACUAUUCGCCAUUGUAUGGUUUGGAUUCACCACCUACUUGCGUAGAGCUGGGUGGAUCGAGUGGGCUCUCAGCACCUGGCUUGCAAGAGCAUUCCGCGUCAGGGAUUUGGUAAUUCAAGAGGAUUUGGUCGAUUCAGGCUGGGCACGAUGGCAGGAGAGGCGCAAACGACAGGAAUUUCGCGUCCAAGGCAAGAAGAGCAGGUGAUGCGACGUCAUCAAUAGCAACGUUGAAUCCCAGCAUCGGGAUCACCGACAAUGUCAUAUCCGGGUUUUAGGAAACACCACUCGCUACAACCCGCCCACCAUACGAAACUCAUCCACUGAUCGCAAAGUAAUUUACUCUGCCGUCGGAGGGCGGCCUAGUCAAAUGCCCGCACGUGCGUCUCGUUCCACUUUUCCGCGUGCAUUGGCGCCACAACAGGGCAGUCAACCUGUUGUAUCACCACCAGAAUCACUGACACUAUUGCUUGCUCCAAGCGUGCAUCACCUU